AUGGGUUUCUCCCGGAUAUGGGUGGAUCUCAUGAUGAGCCUGGUUUCGUCGGUAUCCUUCUCAGUGUUGUUCAACGGAACAUACAUGGAGGAGUUUCGACCGUCGAGGGGGCUCUGCCAAGGCGACCCUAUAUCCUCGUAUCUCUUCUUACUUGCAGCAGAGGGCCUCUCCGGCCUCUUGAAAAAAAGUCGACAAUCACCGCAUCUUCAAGGGAUUAAGGUGGCUCCCACAGCUCCAGCUGUGAACCAUCUCCUGUUUGCGGAUGAUAGCAUGCUAUUUGUAAGAGCUACUAGCGAGGGAGCAUCAGAAUUCAUGGAGUUGUUGAACAAAUACUGCGACGCCUCUGAUCAGCGCAUCAAUUUGGACAAAUCUUCAGUUUUCUUCAGCAAGGGGUGUCCCAAGGAACGCCGAGCUAGUGUGAAGAAUAUUCUGUCAGUCCCAAAUGAAACUCUUAAUGAGAAGUACCUCGGGAUGCCUUCUGACAUUGGGAUAUCGACAAUGGGGCCUUCAAGUAUCUUAAAGACCGCAUUUGAAAGAGUGUACAGGGCGGAAGUAGUUGAGGAGCUCUUCCUCCCCAUGGACGCCGAGGUGAUCCGAUCAAUACCGCUAAGUACACACAGACUGGAUGAUUUCUGGGCGUGGCAUUAUGAGAAGAAUGGGCUGCUCUCCGUACGUUUAGCCUACCGUAUGCUGGUACUGACCAAGAAGCGUCGCGAGGACUGGCUUCAAGGUCAGGAUCAAUAUGAUGCCGGGAAGGUAGUCAAGCAGGAAGUGAUGGGCGAGAAAUACACAGUUUUACACUGGACAGGUUGGCCGUUUCCUUAG